AUGCCACCCACCAAAAGGAAAAAGCAUUCAAAAGAAUCUGAAACUUUUGAUGUUGAGAAAGAGCUUGAAACGUACCAAAAAGAAAUACAAAAAAUAAAGGAGGGAAUUGGAAUGAAUAUCGAUAUAUGUGAAGACGAAACAAAAACUGACCAUGGAUAUAUUGAUUCGCUCUCACCAGAAAAUUCAGAUUCUGAGAACCAUAAUACUACAAAUGGAACAGUUAGUGAAAUAAAGAGUUAUAUAAGAAGCCAAGUGCGAUUAAUGGAGCAAAGAAUAAAUUUAAGAUUUGAUCAUAUAGAAGAUAAAAUAAAUAAACUAUUAGAAAGACAAACUUCUCAAACACCUGCAGAUACAGUGAUAGUCGAAGAACAUAUUCUUGACAGUGAUGAUGCUGGACCCAAUUCUGAUACACCUGAAUAUAAAAUCACACAUAUAGCUUCAAAUGAUGAGUCUGUCAAUCUCAUUUUCCCAAUCGCUGAUGAAGCAACGUUUGAUUGGUUUUUUGAACGGUUAUGGCAUGAAGAAUUUCGAAGCAAUUUAAUUAAUCAGCAAUGGCAUCAUGCCACUAAUAAGAAUGCCAAAUCAUUUAAUGUGUCAGUGAAUUCCUUUCUUCGUAAACAUUUCGAUUUAACUGUUUGCGUCAAGUACAGCGUUUCUGGAUUUGGAGCUCAUGGAACACGAAAAAGAAAACUCGAUUCGAAUAGUUUAAUAUCUUAUGUUUUUGAUUGUUUCAACCGUGCUUAUCCUGAUGUUUAUUCCUACAAAGAAUGCACCAGAGCAAUAGUUCAGUUUUGGGGAAGAGCUCCUGAUUUACUCAACAAAUCCAUGGCACGAGCUCAAGAACGGUCAAUUAAAGAAGAGGAUAGUCUUAAAACUAAUGACAGUUACACAUGAUUGUGUAAAAAAUGAAAUCAUUUUAUCAAAUUUUAAAUUUUAACUCGUAAUAAAAUAAACUUUAGAUUUUUAUGAA